UAAUUUAAAAAUUUCUUUUUAUACAUGUGCAUACAUAAAAACACAUUAUGCGCCUUUAUAUUUAUGUGUAAUAUAUCCUCUGUAAAUAAAUAAUACUACAAAAUGAAGAUGAAAGUAAAUAAAAACAUAUUAUUUUUGAUAAAACAUUAAACUUCUUUGGAUGUCCGUUUUAAUGCUGGGGUUUAAAAAAGCUUCGCGUACGCCCUCUUUCAUAAUAAAAUGGAAUUUGACGGACGUGACGCUAGAUCGCGUUUGUUAUUGUUUGUGCAUCGAUGCAAUGUUUGAUAUUUUCGCUCUUGCACAGUACAAUUGCCAUAUAUUUGUGCUAAAACAAUCUUACUUCAUCAAUGAUUUAGCAGCGUCUCAGACUAAUGGAUCCCAACGUCGUGCUGCGCAAGUUCGUGGAUCUGUGUAAUAGUCGACAGAGUGAUCAAAUCUCGCUGUACUUUGCAUCCAAUGGCAUUGUCGAUUGGUAUGGCAGAACACUGAAAGGGCCAAGGAAGAUUACGGACUUCUUCCGCUUCAAUAAUCAGUACAAUCACAAUUUCGCCGAUGGAAAGCAGUGUUCGCCAUUUGAAAGCAGAGAAACCCACAAUUCCACACGACAAAUCCCACCGGAAAACCUUACGGAACCCAGUGAAGAUCGCACUUCUGCAGCGGAUUCCGCCGAGGCGUCGAGUGAUAAUGUGCCAUCCAGCAGCGGCUUCCUGACGCCGCCGCAGCAGAGCGGCGCAAUGCCGCCGCUGCCCGCGCUGACGCAGGGCCGCGUGUUCAGGAAGAUGAGCAGCAGCGACGAUGAGGACGACGGGCUGUGUUCGGUGCGGAAAUUCCAGGCGGAUCUAGAGGAGUCCAGCACGAGUGGUCUGGUGAGCAUGGAGUCGCAGGGCAGUGUUUCGCUAAGCCGAAAGAGGACGGCGAGUGUCGACAGUGAUGUGCCGAAGAAGCGCUUCAAAGAUGCGGACUGUGAUAGUGGUGUCGUCGAGGGCGGUGAUUGCGGGCAACUGACUGAUCUCUACUCGGAACUGAGGCACAUCGAGGCGUUUGGGCGUCUCGAAAUGGUGCGUAGGACUAAACACCGAGGUGUUCACGCGACUCCGUCGACGAGCCACGGCGAUUCGCUCAACUCGUCACACUUUUUGGAGAGAUCGGACGCUUCGCCCGAGGCGACGUCCAGUCAGUGGGUGAAAGAGACGAAGCUGAACAUCUCCUAUCGGUUGCACCGCAAUCAGAGUGAUAUUCAGUUUGCGCUUGUUGUGUAUGAGAAUCUGACCAAGAGACCGACAACCAGGCGAAAUUUGAUCAAUGAAUUCGGCAGUCUCGACGUUGAUAAGACACCGAAAAGUGUAUCGCCGCGAGGAAAGAAGCCUGACAAAGUGAGAAAAUGUGUCACAGCCAAGAAACCACUGAGAUUUUGAACCAAUUUGCCAUUUCGACAUCCUCCAAGAAGGACCAAUUUUCUAAAAUUCAUAAGUAGUUGUAAGAUGAAAUUUUUUCAUAUCUCUAAUUUCGCUAAUGAAAGUCGCUCAGAAAUUUGUCGAAAUUUGACAGAUAUCGUACUAAAAGUGUGUUCUUUUCCGAAAAGAAUAUAAUAAUAACUUUCAAAUUAGGAAUAUUGUUCAAUAAAU